AUGACGGAGAGUGAGCUGAGGCUGUGGCCUCCUGGGAGCCAUGGGGCAAGGUCGAGUGUGGAGAAGCACCUAUUUCACUGGAAAUUUUUUGGAAAGGAGCUUAAUAGGAACGCCAAGAAAUGCAGUGAAGAAAAGGCAGAAAAGGCCAAGACGAAGAAGGCCAUUCAGAGCAACACAGAAGUUGCAGGAACGCCUGCUGAAAACGUGACCUGCCAGAAGAACCGAGCAAUUUAUUUCUUGGGAAUGAGUGUGAGGGUGGAUGCCGUGGCAGCGGGAGUUCAAACCACGGUGACCAGGGGCACGGUGACCAAGUCCACGGCGGGUGUAGUUAAAUCUACGGAGGCUGCACUGAGAAGCAGGAACCUUGAAAAGAUUUCUGCCCUGAUGGGCACAUUUGCACACCAAUUGGGAACACUGGACGUUCAAUCACAGCAAAUGGAAGGCACCGGCUGCAGCACUACAACCCUAACACCACCGCACAACCAAGCGGAUGGGCUGCUUCAACAAGCGGCAGGCGAGGCUGGCCCUGAUCUCAAUAUGGAACCACCACAGGGUCAGACAGCACCUGCCGGCACCCGUGCCGCCUCCGCGGGGCAGGAUGGACUGUGGCGGAGACUUGCUCACGUGUGGUCCAGAGGACCAGCACUUCUGUUCACUUCCCCUGCUUCUGGAAUAUUCCGUGUGCACACGGACAAGGUGCCCCCCAUUCACGCCAAGAACACUGCAUUAUGGAAUGCCUGA